AGCUUUUGAGAUCGAAUGUCUGUGUUUGCAUUAAACCCUCUGUGGUCAGAGUUCGAGACCUCCACGGGCCACACUCUACAGUCGUCAGUUCUGUGUACUGUGUUUACUCAGUCCGUAUACAACUUUUCUCCGACGUUAGUUUGUUACAGAUACAUAUGUUAUUUGAGUUAAAAAACAUUGCUUUUCCAGUAUAUUUAAAACUGUGACUUUGGUGAACAGUGGUCUAGUUUCUGCGCGCACUUCUAAUCUGCAGACGACAGUUGGAGAUGUGCAAUUCUCCCGAGAACUCGUUGGAAAAUAUAGUGAAAUGUAUUUUCAAUUUAUUUUAUUUUAUUGUAAUCUGAAUAUUUCCAAAUUUUCAAAUACAAUACAGUUAUGUAAAUUUAGUAUGUGGUUUUGAAAUGAUACUUAUUGCUUUGUUUAGAUCCUUACACUUCUCGUUUGCGAAAACAAACGAGAUUCUGAAUUACCUUAAAUCAAGAUGGCUGCUGCCUAUCCCAUGCUCAAGAAACGUAAAACAGCUUUGCCAAAAAAGACAGUAGAAUAUCCAGUAAAAUAUCCCGAUAUUAGCAUAUUUAUUGUUGAAAGAAAAAUACAACGGGUACGACUCGAUCAUAUUAAGAAUCUAGCACGGAAGAAGGGGUUUCCAGUCAGCGAGACAUUGAAUGAGUCAAUCACUCACAUUGUUUCAGAAUUGGAGACCAGAGACGAAGUUUUAGAUGUCUUGAGAGGCAGACAGUCACAUGAGAUUGUUCAAAGUCUCUGCAAAGAAGCUGAGAUUGUAUCAAUGGAAUGGUUUACUACCUGCAUGGAGGAAGGUCUUCCGGUGCCAGUGACACAUGGUCAUAGAUUGAAAGUAGAAGCCAAGGUUACAACCAUAACAUCAUUGCCGUCAGUUUUGAUGACAUGCUAUCAAGAUGCAAAGUACUCUUGUCAACGGAUCACCCCAUUGAAUCACCAUAACAAGACAUUCACAGAUGCACUUGAAAUCUUGGAGAAGCAUGCAGACUUUCUCGGGGGAGACAACAAUGCAUCACGUGCUCUAGCAUUCCGCAAAGCAUCUGCUGCCCUCAAGGCCUUACCAAGACCAGUCAGGAGUAUGAAUGAAGUUGACAACCUCUGUGACCUGAAAGGUGGCAGACAUUGCAAAAGAGUUGUCCAGGAGAUUCUGGAAGAAGGAUUCUCCUCAGAGAUUGAAGACAUCUUGAAUGAUGUGUGGUUCCAGACCAUGAAGCUAUUUACAGGCAUUUUUGGUUGCGGGGCGGCAACUAGUCGAAAGUGGUAUGACAUGAAUCUGAGAAGUUUAGAAGAUAUCAGAAACUGCCCAGAGGUCAACUUGACUACAGAGCAAAGAUAUGGCCUUGACUUCUACGAUGAUAUCAAUACUCCAGUUACUAGACAUGAAGCAGAGGUUAUACAGCAGAUAGUUGAAGCAGAAGCUGAGCAGAUCUUACCUGGAGCCACAGUCACAGUCACAGGAGGUUUUAGCAGAGGGAAGGGCACUGGUCAUGAUGUAGAUCUUCUUAUUUCUCAUCCUGUGGAGGGCAAAGAGGAAGGAUUACUGGCUCAAAUCCUCAAUGCCUUACACAAGAAGAAUUUUCUUGCAUACACGGAUGUUCACAACAGCUCUUACAGCGAAGCAGCAAUUAGACAGAUCAAACGUAGUCAGGUCAUGGACCAUUUCGAGCGCUGUUUCAGUAUAUUUCGCCUACCAAGACACCUGACAAGAGAUGAUGGUAAACUCAGUACUGACGGUCACAAAGAGGAACAAACCGAUCCCAGUAAAAGCCCACAUGAAAGAACUACUGCAAGGACAAUAUUGCCACUCGACGUAGCCUACCGAGACACAGAAAACUUUCCUCAGGAAACUCUGGAGAGAGAUCAAAGCAACAGCAAUAGGAGCACUGCUGGUAAGAAUGCUAGCACUGAGUCACGGCAUGUAGGAACAUCAUCAGGUCGAAAGCAGAUACUCCGUGUUGAUCUGGAGGCGGGAACUCUUAGAGAUGGAGGUCGGAACUGGGUGGCUCGACGAGUAGAUCUGAUCAUCACACCACAGAGUCAGUAUGCAUUUGCUCUCAUGGGAUGGAUAGGAUCACGGAUGUUCAACAGAUCAAUCAGGGACUACGCUAACCGGGAGAUGAACAUGACGCUGACAAGCCAUGGAUUGUUUGAUAAAACAAAGAAUGCAUUGAUUUCUGCCAAGACACAAAGGGAAAUCUUUGAACAUCUCAAACUUGAAUACAGAGAACCUGAAGAACGGAAUUGUUGAGAUGUGAACCUGAUACAGUGGGCAUCUUGCCUUAAGGAUCAGUUUGGGGUUCUGCCUUUCUGGACAAGUUGCAAGCUUCAGCUUCCUCAAUGCAAUGUCUGGAGAGUUGCUCAUGUCUAA